CUGGUAUGGAUCAAACCUCUCUACUAUACAAUCCCAGCAUAGCCAUUGACCAUGCGUCCCGAUUGUUGUAGCUUCCGCAUUGGCUGCGUCAUGCUGGCGCUGGCCUCCUACCUGGGACGACCUGCCGGAGCCUUUCAGUUGUCCAAGCCCAUUGGUAGCAGCACCAUCGGAGCUCGACGGAGUGCCCAGCCGACACCGACAGCUCUCGACGUAAUCAAGGUCAAAAAGCCCGAUCCUUUUUCCUACGCGGAACAGUCCCGACUAUACCGACGUGACUUUUACGAUCACGAUGCUUGGCUCAAACAUCGUGCCAAGAAUCGUUUUGUCGGAACGAUUGCCAAAAUGUUCGAAUCCGGCGUCAUUCGACAGCUCGCGGACGAAAUUUUUCUCAUUGGAGCCGUCGCCACGUUUGUGUGUCUUUUUAAUAGUCUCUGUGUCGUGGGAUACGAGGACUUUCAAAACGUGCAUCACGAUCCCAUUUUCAUAUACGGCGCUCCCCUAGUGACACUCCCAGGCGAGCCCUUCAGUCUGUCCAGUCCAGCAUUGUCGCUAUUGCUCGUUUUCAAAACCAACACUUCCUAUCAGCGUUGGGAUGAGGCCCGCAAAGCUUGGGGAGUGAUCGUCAACAAUUCGCGAACCGUCAUCCGCGAGAGUUCGGCCUGGAUUCUGCAAACCGACAUUCCCGACUCGGAGAAAUUCCGUCUCAUUCACCGCAUUGCCGAGUGCGUGUGGCUCUUUCCACGUUCACUGCAGCGCCAUUUGCUCAAUCCCGCCGAAGAUGAAGAAGCUUACGUAAAAGCCGUACGCCAACGGCUACCUCCGGCACUGGCGGAGGACAUGGUACGUGCCCGGCAUCGCCCGACACGAGCCAUGUACGAAAUGUCCAAAGCCGUCAAUACCUUGCCGUUGGACAGUAUCCGCCGUUCCACCGUCGAUCAAGCUGUGUCGCAAUUGUGCGACGCCUGUGGAGGUUGCGAGCGCAUCUUCGGUUCCCCUGUACCGAGUAUUUAUACCCGUCACGCCGCACGGUUUUUGGAGCUCUGGAUAUUUUUCCUGCCGCUGGCUUUGUGGACCCCGUUUGAAUUUUGUUGGAAUCAUUGGUUCAUGAUUCCGUCGUCUAUGAUCAUUGGCUUUUUUCUGUUGGGGAUUGAAGAACUGGCGAUUCAGCUGGAAGAACCGUUUUCCGUGCUGCCAUUGGGUAAGAUUGCUAGCGGUAUCGGUCUUUCGGCGGAAGAGCAUGUUCAGUGGGCGGAGCAAGCCAUGGAGCGGGAGCGCACCGCCACCACCGAUGCUCCACCGUACUAUCGCUGA